UUGAUAACGUUUGUAUUCAUUAUGGUGUCCGCAAAAGAAGUUUAACAACUAUUUUUCGAUCAGUGCUCAAUACUUAUAAACAUAACCGUAUAAUUCACUAUCAAAAUAAUACCACUAAAAGCAAUAUGAACUUGUGUGAAGAAUCUGAUUCACCUGUGUGUGAUACUCUAGAUUUAAGUCGUCAAGGAUUAAAAAAAUUAAGUCGUUGUCCAUCGGAUGCUGAUAUCAGCAAGCUGAUUCUUGAUGAUAAUGAGUUCCAGCGACUUGACAAUCUUGAUUCCUACAGUAGAAUAACAAAGCUUUCUAUUGUCAGGAAUCAGUUAUUACGAAUGUAUGGAGUAUCUAAAUUACACAAUUUAGUCACGUUGAACCUAGCUAACAAUCAAAUUUUAACAAUAGAAGGUAUAAAAGACAUGCCUAACUUAACUACCUUGUGUUUAGCUGGAAACAAUGUCAAGUCAAUCGAACAUUUGCAUACAAAUACUAAACUGGAACAUUUAGAUCUAUCUGAGAACAGUAUUAGCCACAUUUCAGACAUUUCGUACUUGAAAAAUCUAAAGGAGCUUUUCUUACACAAUAACCGUAUAAUAACACUCCGACAGUGUGAAAGAUAUUUACCAACUUCUCUAGAGACUUUAACAUUAGCUAAUAAUAACAUUACUGACUUGAAUGAAAUGUCACAUCUUGGAGGAUUAACUAAUCUUAUUAAUUUUUCUAUUGCUAAUAAUCCUUGUGUUAGCGCUGCAGGUAAUACUAUUGGAUUUGAUUAUCGUCCGUUUGUUAUUAAUUGGUGUAUGAAUCUUAAAUCAAUCGAUGGUUACGCUGUAGAUCCGAUUGAGAGCUUGAAAGCCGAGUGGCUUUACUCUCAAGGUCGUGGUAGACAGUUUCGUGUAGGUGAACAUUCAUUACUUGCUCAGUAUUUGGCAUCAGUAUGCCCUUUGUCUGGUGAAAGUCUUGAAAAUGAAACUGAUAGAAAAUUGAGAUUAAUUUUGAGUAAAGCUCAACAUCAUCAACAACAAUUGAAUCAACAGAGUGACUCUAGUAGUAUUCACACAAUGACUUCAUCACCAGCAACAAGACGAAGACUUAAUACUAAUAGAACCAAUUCACCGAGACGUCCAAUUGCACCAAUGUUUGCAUUCUACGAAGAUAAAUAUUUACAGUCAACAAAAUUUUACGAAUCAAAGAACUACAUCUGCCAAUCACCUUUCAAAGGUUCAUCACGCAAUUUAAUGCGAAUAAGAUCUCCAGAUCGAAUGGUAGCUAGUUGUCAUACAGAUACUGUGGCAUCUUCUUGUCAUGGUAUUUUAGGUGAUUCGCAUGAACCGCUUAUGACUCAAAGUCUUGAUCCUAAUAUGCUUUGCGGUAGUUUUGCUAAUAAAAAUAAAGAAUCUACAUUACAUGAUGUUGAAGAAACUUCAAGUCCUUUACAAGCAGCAACAAAACUAGUACCAGUACCAGAAUCUCUUAUGAGUCCAGAUUUUCGACCACCAUCAGGAUUAUCACGAAUUCUACCAAAAACUCCACCGAGUCGCCUUAAUUCGCCGAUUCAAACAACAGUACCAUCAAAAAUAAAUAAUGAUAAUGCAAAAGCUAUACCUAUUAUAAAUACAGCUAAUCCAAUGGCAAAGACUGCUGUAGGUGUACUAAAAUCCAACGCAAUAAUGAAAAGCAGUUCUGCAACAAAUUGUACAAUUGGAAAAUCUAAUAUUGCUAAACCAACUAUUACUAGUACGAAUGGGAAAUGUUCUCAGGCAGUUAAAAUAAAUAGUUAUAAUCAAAGUAAAACACCAACACCAAAAAAAUGUUUAAAAAGUUCACCAAAUUUACCACGGAGUGCACAAAAAAGUAAAAUAUCUAACAAUAGAAUUAAAAGCAAUGGCUUACAAAGAAAAAAAGAUGAAAUGAUUUGCAGUAGUGAUGAAGAUAGUGAAGUUUGUCAGGCAAAGUUGGAUAAUAUUCGUCAUACAGCUAAUCAAAGACGUCAAGAAGAUACAAAUAAAAUUGAAGACAAUGCUGAAAAAGCUGCUAUUUGUAUCCAAAGAAUGUGGCGUGGUUAUCAUACUCGUAAUUUAAAUAAAAAAGCAACAAAUGUAUUGAAAACAAUUGAAAUGAUGAGAACAAAUAAAUAUAUUCAGAAAUUAUCGACUGAUAUGGAAGCUACUCGGACAGCAUUAGAGAGUGAACAUAAAUUACAGCUUCUACAAAUGCAAGCUAUUAAUGCUCUUUGGAAAAAAGUUGUUAGCCUUCAACCUGGUAAUCGUGAUAUCAAUGAAUGUGAUGGAGCUACAAGUAAUACUGAUAUUGUUACAAAUUUAGCUCAAACUUGUAAUUUAUUGCAUACUCAAGUUCAACAACUUCAAGAUUCCAUGACAGAAAUAAAACGAUGUAUGUCAAACAUGCAAUCAAAAACAGUUUUAGUUGAUAAUGCAGUUGCUACACAAACAGAAAUAUCUGCAGUUCAUACACCAGCUGGCGAAGAGAAUACUUUUCCUUAUGUCAGACCAAUUCAUCGUCCUCAAUCUUUGUCAAUUCAACCAACAAUUCACGAAAGUAAUGAAAACAAAAGUUUCGCUGCUAGCUUUGUAGACAAUGUACUGAAGAAAGUAUCUCAGUCAACAGAUACUACUGAUGAUGAAGUAAAUACUGAUAUUUUUAAUUCGAACUCUAAUACUGAGCUUGCUGUCUCAGCAGAUCAUCCUGAAAUGUUUAAAAGUUGUGAAGAAAUAGCUGAAGAUGAAUUCAAAGAUAUGGAUGAUGAAUUAGGGAAAGUUAUUGAAGCAACGGGCGUAUGUGAAGAGAUUAUUUGCAAAGAAUUACAUGAAUUAAUUGAAAAUGAAAAUGAAAAAGAAGGUAUUGGAGUGUAUGCAGAAAAAGAACUGAUAAAUGACGAAAAAGACGAGCAUGAAACGAAAACAGAAGAGGAAGAACACAUUGAGUAGUUCAAUUCAAUUGAAACAAAAAUUUUAAGUCUGAAGUAAAAAAUUGAUUUUUUUUUAAUUUCGUGACGAUUUAACUGAUAAAAAAAUGCUCACUGUAAAUAUAAUUAUACACGUACUAUUUGAAAUAUUAU